GAGGUGUCUCUCUUCAUUUUACCUCAGCGAUAAUUAGAAAGGCCUGAGCGAUCUGGACCUCAUUUGCAUUGGAUUUCAUUUUUUUGGGAGGCAUUCCCUUGCAUAGCCCCGGAUUGGCAUGUCAUUGGGGGAAGAAGGAUGCCCGCAUUAUCGCGUUGUCGAACUUCCUUUUGUUUCUUCAGCCUUGUAUUUGGAGGACGACACCUUCCAGAAGUUUUCUAGCGCGCAUGAUUUCUCGAGCUCGCGCCGUGCCGUGGUGUGCGGCUUUUUUGUUUGGUCUUCUUUUUGGUUCUGCAUCUUGCUAGGGUUGGAGCAUGUCAGGGAUGGGGAUUGUGGGACGCAUUUCGGGGCUCCAUUGCAUUGGGUGUGGGGUGUUGACUUGGGUCUUCUUUUUUCACCGCCCUUCGAUUCAUCAAUCGACGAAAGGAUCAAUUCGAUGUUUGGAAUCAUUGGCAUUGUUCGUCACGAACGGGUUGCUUCGCCAUGGAGUGGGAGUCACGGUUCAUUUGGUUCUCAGGGGAUUUUGCUGUCACGGGGAAAGGGUGGUGUUAGGGUUGUCGAAGAAGCGGAUUCAACAACGGCAUAGGUUUUGGCUAUUUGGAACCAGGAGACGAGCUUCUCCGUGUAAAGCAUUUAUUAACAUACUAUCUUGUU